CCCUGGCCCCCCAAAGUGAACUGAAUCUUCUCCGUAGCCAUUUUGGCUCAAGCCAUUUUCGCUCAAGGCCGCCCUGGCUCGAGCCUGGGCCACCCGGACUCAGGCCUUGCCGAGCGCAUCCGACCGCUGCUCGUAGGCCCCGGCGCCGGCCGGUCCCCGAGGGAUGCACCGCGCGUUGGCGCGGGGUGCCGCGCGGCCGGGCAAGCCCGUCAGUUACGAUAGUAUGGACAUGACAGUGAUUAGCUCAAUCGGGGACACCGCUGCAAGCUUGGGCCUCAUCAGCACCCUCGUAUUCAGCAUCGCUGUCUCCACCGUGCUUUCAAUGGAGACGGUCGCAGAGGAGGGCAUGAUGAUGUGCUUGUGUGUUGCAAUAUCUACCAGCAUGUACACAACAACGCAUUCACUGCUCGAGUACUACUACACAGCGAACGUCAAGGGGCUUGGCGAGUACAUCGCUAACAAAGAGCAUGGAGGUAGCACGCCGGAGCCCUCCACGAAUUUGUGCCGGGCUGCAGAGCAGAGUGACUUGGCAGGAGUGUCAGGUACGAAUAUUGACGAGGAGAGGGCGCUGACAAUAAGUUCACACGGGGAGCUCAUGGUGAUCCUUCUUCAAGGGUUCGCCUCGUUCAAUACUAUGCGCCAGGGUGCCAGAAACGCCACGUGGGCCUCCAUCUCUUCGAUAUGCUUUGCCACGCUCUUCAAGGUUGGCUUCCAGGAUGAUGAUGCAGGACAGGUGCCUCAUUGCUGGAGCGCGGCUCUUUUUUUCGGCGGGUGGUUGUUCUUGUCGGGGGGAGUCUAUGCAUCGUUCGGUACGCAAACUUCCUUAGACAUCAAGGUGUCUGCUGCUGUGUCCGCAAUAGGCCUGGCCAUUAGCUCUUGCGCGGCGUACUUUUACGAUCCCGAUUUCGACAUGCCGAAGCUCGUGUGCUCACUUGUUUUAGUAUGUGGUAUCGCCGGAAUGGUGAAAACUGUCAAGGUCUACCGUGAAAUGUUCAUCCCUUUGAUCAAAGAGCAUGCGACAGUGUAUUGAGGAAGACGUUCGUAUUGAGUCCGCCGAUCGUUUGAAAGAUACCAGCGCUCGCCAGUUGCCCGUGAUUGCGUUGUUGGUUCUUUUUAAUAAAGUUCCACCGCAGUUUUUGAACGGUCGCCAAAGAUGAAUGCUCCGCAACACAUUCCCUCCCCUGGCGGGCCUCUACACUCCUCACGUCCUGUCCCUUUUAAUUCUGAUCCUCGCGGCAGUCUGGUUGCACUCUCGGGCCAGAAGCGACAUCGGCCAGACCUUGCGACGCCAAAUUUGCCCCAGUGGCGACUCCAAGCUGUUCCUUUUCAAGCCCUUUUGGCCGUUUCGGGCCCGGCGGGGGGCGCCAAAAAACGUCAAAGAGGGCAAGAGUGCGCCCAGAUGGCCCAAGAGCGCUCCAACAGAGCCC